UCUCGCCCAUCGUAAAGGGUGGGACUAAAAUGAUACUGCUUUGUUUUUUAUCGUAUGAACUGUUUUAAUUUUUGUUUCGGAUUUCUUCACAUUUAUUAGAAUUGGCUGGUUUCAUAACCAUUUUUUUAUCCAAUGCGACCUCGAAGUAAACCUAUGCACUAAUGGAUCUCUCCGCUGAAAUCGCGUCUAAUCAUUCCUGGGCUGAAUUACCAGCUAAUUUGCGCACCCACCUCCAUGACGACCCCAAAGAAUACAACCAACAUAUCUUGUCCUAUAGUCUUCGAAAUCAGCUUCGUUACGGUGGCAAUAUUGUUCAGCAAGUUAUUAAGGGAGAGAGAAAAUAUUAUAAAAAGCUUGUUGAGUACAGUCGUCAAGAGUAUCUACUGUAUCCAUACCAUUUGCAAGAUAAAAUUGUCCCAGGGCUACAAGUGACACCUUUCGUCUACUACCGUGAUAUGCUAAUUGACCUUGUUCGCAGCGGAAAGUCUUACGAUUCAUUGCCGAAUUUCACUGCAGUUGACUGCUUGCGAUUGCUGGGUUUUGGCCGUAACCAAUACAUCGAAACGAUGAAUACCUACAAGAGCUUUCUUACUACUGCUGGUCCGGAUCAUGCUAAUGAUCUUUAUGAAAUUCUGUAUGAUAUUUUGCCACAUCAGCCAAUAGAGACAGUCAUUUUUGAGCCAUGGCACGUCGUGCACAUUGGAGCUGUUCUUCUGCAAGAUGUGGAACAGUCCACGGAGAGUGAGCGCCACCUGAUUGAUCAAAUUAUCGAUGCGGAGCGCUGCAAUCCUUCUGGUGAUAAGUCAGGCUUGCAAGUAAGGGAAGUAGACGCAUCGGUUCUUCGGCAGUUGUUUAAUCGAGGCCUGGUCUAUAUUGACGUUCCUGUGUCAGAGGAAGAUCGAAUUUGUGUUUCCACUCUCGAAAGCUUUGUUAUGAAUCGAACCAAGGGAGAUGAUCGCGAAAAUUUGCUAUAUAAAAUCUUUGUAAGUACAGAUGAAAACACUACAAUCAAGGAGUUGGCCGAAUGCUUGCAAGUGGAAGUCAGCUUGGUCGCACAAGCUGCCUCUGUUUUCUGUCGCCUUGGUUUUGCAUGCAAACGUUCGUUCUUUGAUCCUCGUAGUGCGAAUUCGAGUACGGACUUGGUCGAUUCAUUGCUCGGAGAGAGUGGCGAAACAGCUCAUCACUACACGAUUAAUCUCCAUCAUUCUCCAUCUAGUACCGGUCAUAAGAUGAAUAAAAAGUUGGCUUUCAUCUUUGAUUCCACCGUUACUGCCUAUCUAAUGAUGGGUAAUUUGUCAGCGAGACUGAAACCCCAUGCGGUUACCAUGUUUGAAGUUGGCAAGUUGUCAGAUGAGUCUCUAGAGGCCUUCUUAUCAGAAUUGGACAACUUAUCAAGCAUCGACGAGGGCGAGGCAAAAUUGUAUUAUGAACAUGCCAUCAAUUUACGCAAAGCUAUCCAUUUUCUCCAAUCUCAAGCUCGAUUGGAUUCUACGGAUUUCCACGCUAUCGAUCUUCUCCGUGGUGGUUCCCUUCUAAAUCUAGAAUCAAGCGCCAGAUCCAGAAUUUUGCAAAAAAAUUACAACCUUAUCAUUAGUCUCAGUCCGAUUACCUAUGAAGAUAAGCAAGCCUCGAGUACUUCAUGGCCGUGCCACAUCGGUCCACCGGUCCCCGAGGCGAAUUCCCCAUGGUUUCGCCUCUACACAUCAUGCGUAGCAGGAAACAUUUCCCUAUGUGCUGACGAACCGGAGGCUCAAAACGGUGUGCUACCCUUGCUUCUGCUUGUACGUGGAGCUCGGUUGUCCUAUCUUCCUCAAUGUUUCUUGGCAUGUUCUCGCUUCUUGGUCACCACAUGGGGUCACGAUCCCGUAUCCAUGCCGGCUAACAGUCUGUUGAACUCGGUAAAUGAUAUGCUGCCUUCUUCACCUGUGCUCGUUCAGGCUUCUAAUCUAUAUAUAGACGGCCCGCAAUUAUACCACCGUCAUAUUCCUUUUCCAUUGCACUCAGAUCUAUUGUCAUGCGAACAGUUUCGUGUUUCCUUACCCUUUCUGAUCCGCUUGCACAAGCAUUUAUCUCUAACUUCUUUGUGUGGAUAUAUUACCGUUUUGGCUCCCUGUCUAUCGGAAUUAAAUCAUGAGACGCCACGACAGAGCACAGAGGACUCGAUAUCGGAUGACACUGCGCAGGUGAACUCCCCUUUGACGCCAAACCAUUUGGAUUGUGAAUUCCCUCUUAAUCCAUCGGAUAUGGUUCUCCACCCUGAGGAAAUAUUUGAGCUAGUGCGACAAAACCAGCCUUUCUACUUUAUCUCUCUGCAUCUGGGGUUGCCCAUCUUCAGCUUUUCUUUGUUGCAAGCAGUUUGCCAUCAAGUUAUAUCAGAUCAUGUGAACUUACUAUUGCCAGCCCAUCGAUCCAAGUUAGAUGCUGCGAACAAAUGCUUAGCCUCGAAUUUGUACCAGUUUAUGAGUGAUCUGUGUGACACGGAGGGUUUUCUUCCCAAUGCGUGCCCUCCAGCUGUCAACGAUCGCCCCUCUUGCUGUUGGCCGUUUCCGUCUCGUAACGUGCUUUGUUUUAACGGUCAGCUGACCUCACUGCCGUGACACUUUUCCCUCAAUCUUUGCAACCGAUACCACUUCUUUCACAUCCCGUUAUCCCUUGAGCCGUUUUUAUUACCUGACUUAUUUUGUGCAGAACCACGUGCCACGAUUAUUGACUUGUUUCCUACUCCUUGUUUUCACUUUCGCAAAUAUUUUUUUACCAGUGAUCAGUAAAUACAUAUACUUAAAGUCGAGUUCUCCACUUUAUUUUUUGCGUUUCCUGACGUUCGCGUUUUUUUGUCUAUUACUUUAUCUUGAGGCCUCCCUUUAUUAUUUACACCACCAUCAAGCCCCAUCAUAUCCCUGAUUAACAUAUGUUAU